CUCAAAAAUUCCUUUGCCUAGAGAAGCGGAGGGCUGCUGAGGGGAAAGGGAGAAGCGCCGAGCGGACACCAAGGUUACACAUGAGGAGUCUUAGGAGGAUUUAAACAAAGCGCAAGGAGGCAGAGAAGGGAAAGAGCAGGUGGAGUUGGUUGCCUUUCAAUCUUAGCUCACAGCUAAUUACCACUUUCUCACUGUGGUGAAAGAAAGCAAACAGAAACUAAGUGAGAAAAACAGCAAACAGAAAAGGGCAGGCAAAAGCAAGAGAAGUGAAAGCAGAAGUAACAAGAAAAGCAAGCGAGGCGGCAGCUAGAAAGUCGGGUGCAGGAGAUUAACUGUGAGUGAGCGAGGGAAAAAGUAGGAAAACAGCAGAUACUCAUUGACAGAGAGAGACUGGACUUAACUCAUUGGAUUACUGACAUCAGCAAAACAAAGGAAGAAGAGCGUCAGAAAAGAGGUCACUGUGGUGGAGCAGCAGUGCAGCUUGCCUGAGCCUGCCUGCUAUGCAACUGAGACAGCUGAGAUAGACACAGUUCACACAGACAUUACAUGUUACUUGUUAGACGCUUUUAUCCAAAUCGACUUCCAUACUCAAUACUGUGGACAAUCCCCACAGGAGCAAUUUGGGGUGAAGUUUCUUGCCCGGGGACACAACCACAUGCUGACUGCAGCGGGGUUUGAACCUGUGCUCCCCUGAUCCGAACACCAACGCACUAUCCACUGCGCCACACGCCUCCCCAGACAGUCCUCUCUGUAGCUGCACCAUGUUGAUGAAAGAAUACCGCAUAUGUAUGCCACUGACUGUGGAUGAGUACAGGAUUGGGCAGCUGUACAUGAUCAGUAAGCACAGCUGUGAGCAGAGUGGUGGUGGAGAAGGGGUGGAGGUGAUGAGGAAUGAGGCCGACAUGCACCCGCAGCACGGCCAGGGUCAGCUGACCGAGAAGCGGAUCUACCUGAGCAGUAAACUGCCAGCCUGGGCGAGAGCAUUUGCCCCGCGAUUCUUCUACGUGACGGAAAAGGCCUGGAACUUCUACCCGUACACCAUCACAGAGUACUCAGUAUCAUUCCUCCCCAAGUUCAGCAUACGCAUUGAGACGAGAUUCGAGAACAACAACGGCGAUAACGACAAUGUGUUUGGGGACACACCAACUCCACCAGAGAAUGUGAGUUUCCUGGAUAUCCUGAGUGACCCCAUUCCUGAAAGGCACUACAAAGAGUCAGAGGACCCGAGUCGCUGGAUGUCAAGUAAAACUGGCCGAGGGCCUCUGGAGAAAGGAUGGAGGGACGACCACAAGCCCAUCAUGUGCUCCUAUAAGAGGGUGCAGUGCAGCUUCGAGGUGUACGGCUUCCAGACAAAGACCGAAGAUUUCAUACACAAAAGCAUCCAGGACAUUCUUCUGGUUGGACACAGACAAGCCGUCACGUGGAUAGACGAAUGGCACGGGCUGAGUUUGGAUGAGGUGAGAGAGUACGAGCAGACGAUGCAAGAGAAGACCAACAGCAAAGUCAAAUCCAACCCGUGCAACACAGGCCCACUGGCUGCCUCUCGUCCUGCGUUCUCUCGCUCCAUCUCAGUGACAGACGAGCGCUCCCUAAAGAAGCUGGGAGUGACGACGGUGGACAUGUCCGAGUCCCCUCUGCCACAUAGCCGCCUCCACUCCACCCCUGAAUGAUGCCUCUCGCAUAUACUGUACAGCGCCAACAAACACAAACCAAUGUCAACAUUCACCAGAGUCAUGUGAUGUUGUCUCUCAAACACUGACACACCCACAUGCGCAGUGACACUAACAGGCUUAAAGUUAUUUACUCUGGGGUGAGUAAGAUGAAAAGAUCAGUUCCUCUUUCAAUACAGUCUUUCAAGUAUAAGGCUACAGCCAGCAGCUGGUAAGCUUAGCUAAGCAUAAAGACUGGAAAUGGGGAGAAACCAUAUCUUUCAGGUUACAUCUUUGUUUGUUUAAUCCUUACAAAUAAUGUUUAAGAUACAGUAUAACAAAUUAUACUUAUGCAGGUGUAAGGCUACUGGCAGUUUAUUAUUUUAAACUAAAAGACAGAAUUGUUGUUUUCACAAUUUAGAUUUUUGUGCAGAUGAACAAGCUAGAUAUACAUGAUGGUUAUAUGCACUAGAUUGAUUUUGGAGUAAGUCUAUUAUAGCUGUUUUCCACUGUUUCCAUUCUUUGUGCUAAGCUAAGCUGAUUGGCUACUGGCUUCGUAUUUACUCGUAAUCUCAUUAUUGCACAGAGGGCAAACAAGUACUUUUAAAACACAUCCUUCCAGACCACCACCAAACAGAUAUGCAUCUGUUCCUAUGAACAUGUAGUUGUUCUCUUUACUGCAUGUUAAAAACACACAACUGCCAAACAUGACCACAAACACUUAAUGUUGAACUACAAUUUAUACUGUUGCAAUCAAAAUUCAGUCCAGGGUUAUCUACAACCUGGAAACGUUGUGCACUUUUGUGUCGGUUCCUCAGCUAUAAUGGAGCUAAGAGACCACCAAUGGGGCUCUCCAAUUGUUUCCCAGCCCCGGCCCAGCAGCCUACAGACAAAUGCAUAAGGAGUUUAAUAGAGUGGAUCUAAUGAGAGAGAAGAGGAGGACGGGGGGGCUGUCAAUGCUAUAGAUCUACUCCUCUCUCCACCUCAGCCAAUAGGUCAGACCGGGGUAUUGACCGAGGGCAGUGAGGCGUUGUAUUGGUUCCUUGAUCACUUAGCUGAGCGCGGCAAAUGGGUCAAGCCAGGGCUAAACUAUAAUCCAAUGAUAUCAGCAUUGAUAUGAUUUUUAGCUUAAUUUUGUACGUACAUUUAAAAAGAGAAUGGGUUCUCAUUAGCAGGGAUCAACAAUGAAAUAUAAGUUUGCAGUCCUUUUUUGUAAAAACAUGUAUUUUUUUAAUAAAGUGUAAAAAUAAAUCAAGAGAAAGAUGUUUGUGGAAAUUACACUGUAUAGUCUUUUGGAUUUGUAUCAAUAAACACAAUUUCCAAUGAGA